AUGUUGAGUUUGUAUCGAAACCAGUUGGCAGGCCAAUAAAAGAAGGUGCUUCUGAUUGGAAGUGGUUUGAUGGCAGAAGCUGUCAUUGAUUAAUUAUUGAAGAGAAAUGACAAUUUUGUCGUUGUUGCUUCAGCUCAUGUGGAAGAUGCUAAAAAAGUGACUCAGAACAAGGAGAGAUGUUCAGCCCAUCAUUUAGACGUGACAGAAACAGAUGAACUCAGAAGAUUUGUUAAGAAUUCCGACAUUGUGAUAGCCUAUAUUCCACCAUAAUUUAUUGUUCCUAUAGCCAAGGUAUGUGCAGAGAUAGGCAGAUCCAUGAUUACAUCACAAUACACAUUCCCAGAGAUCAGAGCCUUGGAAGAGGAAUGUAAGAAAAAGGGAAUAAUCAUGUUGAAUGAAAUCGGUUUGGAUCCAGGAAUCGAUCAUUUGGCAACAGUGAAAGUGAGAGAUGAAGUGUAUGCAAAAGGAGGAAAAAUCAUCGAAUAUGAGUCUUGGUGUGGAGGUGUCCCAAGUCCAGAGUUCUGUGAUAACCCUUUUGGCUAUAAAUUUUCAUGGAGUCCCUUUGCAGCCAUAAGGAAUAUCAACAACGAUGCCAAGUACUUAGAAAAAGGAGUUUAAAAGUAUAUUCCAGCAUUCUGAGUUACUUUACUCAACAGAAAUCAUCCAUGUGAAUCCAUCACUACAGA